AAAAACAAUGUCAUCAAAAUUUUGGGCAGAGUUGUCUAACGAUUACGAGAAACUUUUUGAAACUGAAAUUGGAUAUGAUGUUAUUAUUUAUGCCGGGGAAGAACCAAAUGUCAAAGAAAUUCAUUCUCAUUCAAAUAUUUUGUGCAUUAGGUCCCAAUACUUUCGUUCUGCAUUUUCUAAUGAAUGGGCUGAAAAAAGAGAUGGAAAAUUUAUAUUCAGAAAACCGAAUAUUUCGCCACAAUUAUUUAAUAUCAUUCUUAGGUUUAUUUAUUGUGGAAAUAUUGAAUUAGAAAAAUUACAAGGUUCCGACGUAUUGAAAUUAUUGGUAGCAGUUGACGAGCUCAACAUCAAUUCAUUGAUUUCACAUAUUCAAGAAUUUUUGAUUGAUCAUCAAACUGAAUUUUUACAACAAAAUCCAACUGAAAUCCUUGAAACCGUUUAUCAACAUGAAACAUUUACGGAUUUAUGGGAUUUCUAUCUUGAAAAAGUUUGUAUAGAACCUGAAAUUUUAUUUAAUUCUGAAAAAUUCAAUAAUUUAAAAGCUCCAUUAUUAGAAUUAUUGUUAAAAAGGGAUGAUUUGAAUUUAGAUGAAGUUGAAAUUUGGGAGAAUUUGCUGAAAUGGUGUUCUGUUCGUCAAAAUAUAGAGAAUGAUUUAACAAAAUGGAGCAGAGAAGAUAUUGCAAAUAUUGAAAGAGAAUUGCACAAUUUUGUUCCUUUAAUUCGAUUUUAUGAUAUUGAACCUGUAGACUUCUUCUAUAAAGUUUAUUGUUAUAAAGAUAUUUUACCACAAGAUUUAAUUCAUGAUCUUUUGGAAUUUCAUAUAGUACCUAAUGUGAAAUCUAAGGCUAAUUUACCAUCUUCAAGAAAAUCAAAUCAAAUUAAUUCAACUUUAAUUGAACCAAGGCAUAUUCCUGUUUUUGCUUCAUGGAUUAAUAAAAAAGAUUCUUCUCAUUAUAAUAAAAAAGAUACUCCUUAUAAUUUUAAUUUAUUAUAUCGUUCAAGUCGAGAUGGAAUUGGUACUAGCUCUUUUCACAGAAAUUGUGAUGAUAAAGGAGCUACCAUUUUUAUAGCAAAAAUUAAAGAUUCGACACAAUUAAUUGGAGGGUAUAAUCCACUUGAUUGGAAUGGAAGUAAAUGGAAAACUACAGCAGAUAGUUUUUUAUUUAAUUUUAUAGAUAGGAAAAACGUUUCUACUGGAAAAGUAAGCUAUAUUAAUAAACAAGCUCAAGCUAUUUAUUGUAGUAAUACUUGGGGGCCAACUAUGGGUAAUUUAUACUGUAAUCAUGAUAAUAAGUGGUAUUAUGAUAUUUAUUCUGAUGAAUUUGUCCAGUAUAAAAUUUUGGACAAAUUCUGGACAGAUAAACCAGGACAAAUUCCAGAUAUAGUAAAAAUUCAGAAAGGACAUGAAAAAAUUCUGGACGCUACUUCCAAAAAAGGAUAAAUUAAUUUGUAAAAAAAAUGCAAAAAGCACAAAACUGACAUUCAUAACCUUCUUUGUCAUACUAAUUAAAUUUGCUGAGCA